AUUAGUAUGCAGGCUGGGGGUAUAAAUGGAGGAGGCAGAGUGCUGGCAGUCAGACAGGAAACAGCUGAAGCCGCAGCAGCACCGAAACAGUAACUGAGCGCAAUGGCACCUUGCACUAUUAGCCAGCAGCCUGCUAACAGCAUUAGAAAGAUAAGAAAACCAGUGGUUGAAAAGAUGAGGAGAGAUCGAAUUAACAGCAGCAUCGAGCAGCUCAGGAUGUUACUGGAGAAAGAGUUUGAGAAACAUCAUCUCCCAUCCAAACCAGAGAAAGCUGACAUUCUGGAAAUGGCAGUCAGCUUCUUGCAGCAGCACAUAGCUACUAAAACUGGUGAGAUGUCAGGCAAAUCAUACAAGGAGGGAUACUCCAAAUGUGUUGAAGAUUCGCUUCAUUUCUUGUCCGUUCACAAUCAAGGAAGCCUGCUGAAACAUUUCCAUGGUCAUCAGUUUAACGCAGGAGAGACCCAUCAGCUGUGCCCUGUACAGUCCCCUGUGACCAACAGCAAAGUUUUGUGGAGACCGUGGUGAAAGGGUUAAUAAGAGGCGUAUGCCGGACAGUAACUGGACUGACACUUUGGAUUGCCAACUGGAAACACUUUAUUAGUGAAUCUGUACAUUCCUGUGGAAUAAUAUAAAUGUAUAGCCUGUAGGUUUCAUUUAUAUCCCGAAGUAGUGCAAUAUUUGCAACAUUUAACGUACAGCACUGACUGAAUGUCUGUUAUAUUUAUAUUAAUUGUUAGGCAUAUUAUUGCCUGUCUAUAGAUAGAAAUGGCUCCCUCAUUUCUUUUGGGAAGGGAUUGCCUCUAUUUCCAGCAGCUGGAAUGAUAAUAUAUGUAUUUUCAUGAUGAACACAGAUAUAGGAGAAAAAUCUUCCUCUGCCUUGUACAUUAGCGUCAGACGCAAAGGCGAAACGAUCCUGUAUCGAUAUGAAUAUACUGUCGCAUGUUUUCUAAAUGAGAAUGUCAUGUUGUUUCUAUGAAAUAAUUGUCCCCGUUAGUAAGGAAUAUCAGUUAUGAUAGAUGUAUUCUGUGAUCAGAAAUGGUGUGCUCUGUGAGCUGAAUAAAUACACGAUUUGUGCCAAUA